AUGGAACCAGAGCCGACCAUUAGCGCUCUCCUCGAGGCUGUCACAGCCCUCACAGCCACAGUCGGGUCCCUACAGGACCAAAUACGCAACCAAGGCCAACAGCUCAUCGAGCUUAAGGCCAUAUGCAAGGAGACCGCCGACCUACUCGGCGACAAGGACCAAGGAGGAACUCAAGCCCAAGCCCAGCCUGGCCCAUCGACUGGGCCUAUCACUCCCCCUACCCACACGGGGGGAGAAGCCCUCACUCCAGGAACGAUUAGGCCUGGGCUCAAGGCCCCCUUCCGGCCAUCCAGGGGUACAGGCUUUGAUUCAGAAGAGGAAGAAGAACCCAGGCAAGCCAAGAAAGAGCCUCGCGACACGCCUAAGCGGAGCCUCAGCUCCCUCACCCCCUUCGACUCUGGGUCCAGCGUAAAGCGGCCCAAAAUGGAACUCCCAGACCCAUACAAGGGAGACUCCAGGGGAAGAAAGGCAACCCAGUGGCUAGACCGAAUGCUGCUGUGGGUCGCUCUUCAUCGAGACCAAUUCGAUGAAGAAGAACAAAUGGUCGUAUGGAUCCUAUACCAUAUGACAGAUAAGGCUGCCGACUGGGCGCUCCCCCUCAUUGGAGCCAUCAUCAAGGGCGAGGGCAACCCACCAAACACUAUCCCGGCCUUAACGGCCAAAUUCAAAGAAGCCUUUGCUGAUCCAGACGCGAAGAGGGCGGCCGCCAGGAAGAUUGCCGCGUUGACUCAGACCACCACCACGUCUGAAUAUGUCACAGAAUUCCGCAAUCUCAUGGCGGAACUUGACUGGAAUACUGAGGCGUACAUUGCCCAGUUCACGCGCGGCCUUCACUGGAAGGUCAAGGAACUCCUGUCCACCAAGGACAACGUCCCCGACGAUGACCUCGAGGCAAUAUUCGCCGCCUCGGUCAGGAUCGACAACACUCGUCGAGAAAACGAGGAGAACCGCCCAAAAAAGGCACCAGCUAAAUCCCCGGCCACCGUGGCCACCACUUCCACCACCACUACCCAACGGGUCCGCCUAUCUGAGGACCCUAACUACGUCACUCCGGAAGAGAGGGAUCGUCGCCGCGCGUCUGGCCUUUGUGUCAAGUGUGGCCAAAAAGGGCAUGGUAUCAAACAAUGCCCAAAUGGUUGGAAAGCCACGAUUAAGGAGGUCGCCAAGGUAGCCGAGGAAGAGUCGGGAAAAGAAUAG